UGGGCUUGGUCGAGCCCAACGUAGCAACGCCAAAGGGCAGGGCAGUAGGCGUAUCCUUGAGAGGAGUUGUUCUCUAAUGGCGGCUGCCUUGGCGAGCAGAGCGACGGUGGGGCUGGCAUUGCGCUCUGCUGCACUCGUCAAAGCUCUAAGCACGUCCACUGCUACGCCAAGCCACACCGUUAUCGAUUCGGAAAACACGACCAAGCUUAGGAGGAAGAAGAAGAAAAACCUAUUUGAGGUUGCACAGUUCCUGCCCAACUGGGGGAUCGGAUACAAACUCGCCAAGAGCCACUGGAGGGACGUCUCCUACCAGCUAACCAAGAUCAAUCUCUACAAGGAUGGCCGGCAUGGUAAGGCUUGGGGGAUUCGCUACAAAGCUGGCUUACAAGUCACAAAUGAUCCUGUGAAAUUGAGUGGUGUUAAUAAACAUGGAUGGAGGUACAUCCCAGAAUCGAACGAGAAGAACACAACUGUUCGUAAAGUAUCUGAACAGAGCCUGACAUAGCUUCAAAUCUUGCAUUAUAUAGCACCCCGCUGAGUUUUUGUAUUCGCCGAAUCCAUUUAUUUGCUAUUCGGGAGGAAAUCCAGGCCACUGCCACGUAGCACAACUCUUGUUUAUUUGCUUAGCCUUAGCCAUGACUCUAUUGGUGGGAUGGCCUAUAAACAAUUGGUUUGCCUCUAUAAUUCA